AUGUGGGGGUGCGACGUUGAAGACUGCAACAGGCCGGCUGUACGAUUAGACGGUGACUGUGUUAUUUGCGACCGUGAUUUUUGUGAUGAACAUAUUGAACACGGAUGUCCCAAGUGGCAGGACGGAGAACUCUACGAUCUAGCUGCUCAGGAAGCAGAGAGGGGCGAGAUAACCAGGUUACUAGAUUCUCUGAACCUCUCUGCACUCCUCAAGAGAGCGACCUACUUACGAAAUGGGAUUGCCUGUUGCUCGCCUCAACCUCUUGUAUACGACAGAUCAAAACGCUCAUCAGUUAUGGGUGGCAUGAAUUAUCAUAUAGAAAUUCUUUUUGCUGAUGGGGUUCAGUGGUUGGCGCGUAUUCGAAGAUCCAACGCUACUUCACCACCUCCUGAACUACGUGACUAUAUCAUAUGCAGCGAAGUCGCGACUCUUAGAUUUCUGGACAACAUGAAAGUCCGUGUUCCGAGGGUGUUCGACUAUGCGCUGAAGGGUCAAACUCCCGUCGGCGUUGGAUAUAUACUCAUGGAAAAACUCCCGGGCAAAUCAUUACGCUGGUCUCUCGCGUCUCAGGAGCAAAGGAAGAAAGUUAUGACUCAGCUAGCGGAUGUAUACAUUGAGUUGGAACGUUUUGCGUUCAACAGUAUGGGAUCUAUGAAUGAACCAGGAAGUGACCACAUUGCUCCGUUUGCCCGGGAAUCAUUGACCGAAUAUGUCAACUCGCAAAUGGUUCCCCUCGGGCCAUACAAGGACCCGAGAGAGUACCUCCAAUCUAGCAUUGAGCUCAUAAUGAGAUUGAUCCUGAGAGGGGAACGCUAUGCAGGACGCGAGAUAGAUGCAUUCUUACUUCACCGAUUUCUCCUUGAUUGCAUCCCAAGAAUCAUAGAACAUCACACUUAUGACGACGGACGAUUCUAUCUACGGCACGCUGAUGACAAGGGUGAUCAUAUUCUCGUUGAUGGUGAUUACAAUAUCACGGGAAUCGUUGAUUGGGAAUGGGCUCAUACAGACUCAAAGACUGAAGCAUUUAAAUCGCCCGUCAUGCUUCUCCCAGUUUCUGACUUCUACGAAGGAGUUAAUACUGUUGGCAAGGAUGAAUCCACCUUUGCAGAUAUACUUGAGGCAAAAGGAAACAAGGGACUUGCAGACAUAGUCAGGAAUGGGAGACUGCUUCAUCGGUUCCAGUUCUGUUGUGGAUAUGACUUUGCAGAUUGGGAUGGGUUCUUAGGCCUUUUUGAAGGCCUUCGAAAUGCCUUGAACAUAGAUGCAGAUUUGGGCUGGGAUGACUGGAAGACAAACGCUUUGGAACGAUAUUCGGGUGAUGUACGUCUGAAGACUCUACUGGGGCAGACGGGAUAG